AUGACAGAAGAGGUAGAAGUUGCUGCUCAGCCCGGAAUGCCAUCGGAACGCCAUCCUGGGACCAAAGCUGAAGAUAAGCAGGUGCUGUGUGGGGACAGGGAAUUGCACCGAGUUGUGGGUCCUGUGAGAAGCUAUGGACCCACAAAGAGGUGCAGGCCAUCAGACCCAGCGGUCAAUGACACUGGGCAGUCGGGGGAGACACAGGGUGGUCUCCGUGGCAGGGACGAUGCUGACACUGAGGAAGCCAGUAACACAGCUGGGCAAACGGCGGGCGCCCCCUUCUCUCCGGCCCCGGUGCGCCCGCCGGGCGGAGGCUGCUGGGGCCGAGGGUGCGCCCUGGAGACCUACAGGGAAGGCUGCGAGAGCCAGAGGCGCCCGCGGCGAGGCUCAGAGUCGACGGACGCCCCCCAUCCCUCUCCGGCCGCCGAGCCGCCUGUCUCAGGGGAGGGGAAGAGGGGGCGGUGGCUCCUGCCUCCGCCUCGCGGUCAAGUCCCGCUCAUGCUCCAGCCAUUCGCGCGCGCGCUCGCGCAGCCCCCACUGCCCUCCUCCCCUCCCCCGCCUCCGGCUCCGCCGCUGGCGCGCCUGUCGCCACCCCAGUCACUGAGCCACCCGCCACCAGCCCCAGACAGCCGGCGAGAAACCCCAGCGAGAAGCUGCAGGACGGCAGCACCUCGGCCGCCGACCCGGAAACUCUCCCGCCGCCAACCGCGAGGCUGCCAGGGGUGUGAACCCGGAAGCGAUUUCCUCGUCCCGGUAGCGACGGGAUGGAGCGCUAAGGCCUUUGAGGAUUUGGAGUUCCCUAGUUUCGGGAGAGCGUGA